GAGGGAGGAGCGCGCCGACCGCGCGCCGCCUGGCCGGGCGGAAAGUUUCUCCUGACAGAGUUUUGGCGGCGGCGCCGGCGGCCGGAGCGGGCCAUGGACGCGCUCAAGUCCGCGGGGCGGGCGCUGAUCCGGAGCCCCAGCCUGGCCAAGCAGAGCUGGGGGGGCGGCGGCCGGCACCGCAAGCUGCCUGAGAACUGGACGGACACCCGGGAGACGCUGCUGGAGGGCAUGCUCUUCAGCCUCAAGUACCUGGGCAUGACACUGGUGGAGCGGCCCAAAGGCGAGGAGCUGUCAGCCGCUGCUGUCAAGAGGAUCGUGGCCACUGCCAAGGCCAGUGGGAAGAAGCUGCAGAAGGUGACUCUCAAAGUGUCACCCCGGGGCAUUAUCCUGACUGACAACCUCACCAAUCAGCUCAUUGAGAACGUGUCCAUUUACAGGAUCUCCUACUGUACGGCAGACAAGAUGCACGACAAAGUCUUCGCAUACAUUGCGCAGAGCCAGCACAGUGAAAACCUCGAGUGCCAUGCCUUCCUCUGCACCAAGCGGAAAAUGGCACAGGCUGUCACCCUCACUGUAGCCCAGGCCUUCAAAGUCGCCUUUGAGUUCUGGCAGGUGUCCAAAGAAGAGAAGGAGAAGAGGGAGAAAGCUGUCCAGGAGGGAGGGGAUGUCCCAGGGACCUGCCGCGACAGCGCCCCAUCUUUGAAGAGCUUGGUCGCCACUGGGAACCUCCUGGACUUGGAAGAGACAACCAAGGCCCCGCUGUCCACGGUCAGUGCCAACACCACUAAUGUGGACGAGGCACCACGGUCUCAAGCCUUGAGUAGCAGCAGUGUUGUCUGGGAGCUGGACGAUGGCCUGGAUGAAGCGUUUUCAAGGCUGGCACAAUCACGGACGAACCCUCAGGUCCUGGACACUGGACUGUCAGCGCAAGACAUCCAUCAUGCCCAGAGCCUCUCGCCUCUCGACUGGGAAAAGCCUGACAGCAAUGGCCCUGAGCAGGAGGACCUCUUCAGCUUCUGAGGGCCUGGGCCCAUCAGGAUUCUACCAGCCUUGACAUGUGACAGACCAAAGCCACCUGUGGCAGGGCAUCCAGCUCCAGGACCUGCUGGCCACCUCUUCCAGCCCACAGCAGCAUCAGCCUGCAGAUCAAAGCUGCGGCCAGUCAAGCAGGGGGGAGAGAGGGGGUUUUUAACCUGCUUCUUUAGAACUGAAAGAUGCCUUGAAUAUUUAUUCAGUGACUCCCGGUUCAUGCUCAGAGGCCAGUUUCCCAUCGGGCAUGUUAUAUGUGCAGUGCUGUGACUUCCUGCUCUCUCCCAAGCCAGCUCUGCUCCAGCUGUGGGUAUCAGGACAGUGACCAAAGCAUUUCAUGUCCCUAGGUUUCCCUGGGGACAUCCCCUCUCCUGGCUGAAAGUGAUGAAGCUCAGCAGCCCCCAGGCAGGACUGGGUCCUCGAAGUGGUCCUCCUCAGGUCCCCAGCAGGCCCAGGCUUGACACCUGGACCCAGGCACUCAGAGGGGCAGCCGCAGACCAAAGACAGGCCGUGGCUUGGCACUUUAUUGCACACACAGCAGCCGUGCCUGGGGGCUCCUUGAUGGUGCUGAUAAACAGAGCUUUCUUUCCGCCCUUCCUCCUCCAGGAGGGGCCAGGAUCCCUGUGGACGGCCCCCACCAUGCUGGGACCGGUGGAACUGGCUGCCCAGACUCUGGAGUCCACUGUGACUGUGGGGACUACCUGUGUAGUCACCCCCAAGGCCUCAUCCCUGCCUUCGCCCUCCCUGGAUGAGGCUCUGCCUGCUUCCUGGUUGUCUGUGUGCGUGUCCCUGCCCCUCCACGCUGUUGGGAUGACAUGGACCCGACACCUAGGUUCAUAUAGGAGAGUUUUGAGGCCAUUUUACAGAUGAAGAAACUGAGGCCACGCCCGUGGAGGGGCUGGUGUGAGGAGUGGAACUGAGAUUUUGAUGCCAAAGCUGCUUCCUCUGCUGCCACCUCUGGCAACCUGCUCCUCCUUUUUCUCGAGCUUUAUUGUCCUCCCAAGAACCAAAAAACCCCAGCUAUUUUCUGACCAAAAUGUGUUUCAUAACAAACCAUCUGGUGCCUUUCCACUCAGAGCUGGCACAAGCCUCGUGCCCUGCUCCCCGCCUCACUGUUGAUUUCUGGGAAGAUGCAAGUGUUUGAAGUCUGCUAAUUCCAAGAGUGAAACAAAUCAAACUCUGUGCACAUCCCGCUGUUCUCUUUCCGGACACUGCGGCCAGUCCCAGGCGGGACACCGCAGCAGCAAGCUGUCUUCAGUCCUUCAGUCUCUCUUUCCUUCCUGGCCCUGCCCUGCGGGCUCCGGCAUCCUGAAGCCCGGCCGAGCCGGGAGCAUCUUUUCCAUCCCAAGGAGCCUCCCCAGAGCAGGCGUCAGCAACCCCAGGAAACAGCAUCUCAGAGGCGAGGCUCCGACUGAGCAUCUAAAUCAGAGCAGGCGCCUGGGGAGGGGGUUUUGGGGUCUGCACGAGAAUAAGAGUAACUUCCCUUCCCCCCCAGUCGCGCUGCUCUUCCCAUCCUAGGCCUCCUUCGUCAUGGCCUGUAUUUAUCACAAGGCAGCGAGGGUGGGGCAGGACUCAGGCCGUCCUUGGCACAGGGGCUGGGCUCCUGCUGGGCUGUGAGGGCUGCACUGUGGCCUUUGUCUCCUGCUGGCCGGCCGUUGGUGUGCUUCUAUGUGCUGCUGCCCAGUCUUGUGCUUUGCCCUGUGAUGCUGUAAAGGAAGUUCUAAUGAGAAAAAAUAAUAAUAAAUAUUCUCUUGAAAUAUAA